AAUUCAUUACUUCCGGUGGGCGUUUCGUUCGUACUCACAUGGCUAACACACGUUGCUAUCUUUAAGUAUAACUUUUAUACAAUAACAGCGAGAUUAUAUAUUUAAUAAAGUUUGUUAUUUUAGUAGCGGUGGGUUUAGAAAUAAUGGGGGAUCGUGUUGAGUUGGUCGCGGGAUGUUAUGAACAGAUAGUCUUUGGAUAUCGAGUGUGCACGAGUGAAAAGGAGUGGACAGCUGAACCCAACUUUACGCAUCAUGCACACACAGCCUCACUGUCUGCAGUCGCAUCCAACGAUCGCUUCAUCGCCACUGGAAGCAAAGAUGAAACCAUUCAACUUUAUGACAUGAGCAAAAAAACUGAACAUGGAGCUUUGCUGCAUCAUAACGGCACAAUCUCAUGUCUGGAGUUCUACGGCUCAUCCCAUUUACUCAGCGGAGGAGAAGAUGGGCUCAUUUGUGUGUGGAGCACCAAAAAAUGGGAGUGUCUAAAAGCCUUCAAAGCACACAAGGGUCAAGUCACUUCACUGUCUGUACAUCCUUCUGGAAAACUUGCACUUUCUGUUGGAACAGACAAGACUCUUCGAACGUGGAAUCUAAUUGAAGGAAGGUCAGCCUUCAUCAAGAAUAUUAAACAAAAUGCAGAUAUAGUGUUGUGGUCACCAGAUGGAGAUAAAUAUGCAGUGGUUGUGAAUAACAGAGUGGAUAUUUACACCAUGGAGUCUGCUAAGAUCAUUGGAACCAUAGAGUUUCCAAAACGAAUUUCUUCCCUCAAGUUUCUGAAGAACACACUGUUGGCUGUGGCAGGAGAUGAUGAAAGUGUGCGAGUUUAUGACGUGACCUCACAGAAAUGUGUGUGCGAGUUUAAGGCGCAUGAGAACAGAAUAAAAGCCAUCGAAAGCUUCACAAAAGACGAUUUCUGUGUCCUUGUUACGGCAUCAAAUGAUGGAUUCAUCAAGAUGUGGAAACUCAAUCUUGAGGACCAUGAGACUCCAUCUUUGCUUGGCCAGGUAAACACCACUGCCAGACUAACCUGUCUUUCCGUCUGGAUACCUGGUGAAGAGAAAGAGACGGCUGUGGAGCAGCCUGCAACCUCAAAGACUGUUGCAGAGUCCCCUGUACCAGCCAAAAAUAAAAGAGUGAGAAUCACAGACAAGGUCAUCGUAGAGGAAGAAACCAGCUCCACAAAGCAAGGGAAAAAGAAAAAAAGACAAAAAGUGCAAUAAACAAUUUUAUUGAAAUA